CGACAUCGCAAGCAGCAUGCCAGCGGAGAAGCAGUUGGCCAUCGACAACGGCCGCGACACCGUCGCAAACUGUGGGCGCGAGCGGAGCGCCACGUCCUCCCUGCCGCGCUGCAGACACCAGAAGGGCGCCCACAGGCCCAGCGCGCUGGCGGCGGUGAGGGCGGUGGCCGCCAGGAACUUCAGGAACAGCAGAUUGUCCAUCGCAGGCAGCUAUAGGCCACACACCCCACGUUCCUCUAUGCCACGGCAGACAAUAUUUUUGUGUGUGCGUGUGUGUGUAAGGGAGAGAGGGGAGAGAGGAGACAUUUUAUGCGCACGCACAAACGCAAAGGGGGAACUGCGUCCAAAUCGGGGCCCAAGUGAGCGGGAUCUCAUUCUCCGGUGCCGUUUCCUCGACCCCUCCUCGGGCCGGAAGAGGGCGCAGGGAAGGUAUGCACAUCGGAGAAUAGCCGGAGAACAACAACAACAACAACAAAAAAAAAAUACCAGGUGGUGUGGGCGGGCCAGGAAAGAGAUGCGCGUUAAACCAAUGAGCGGUAAGGGAGGAAGAACUGAAGGCAAGAAACGCCACACCUGCGGCACACACGCCCACACGCACAGUUAG